GCAGCUGCGCCUGGAGAAGCCCGUUACUUCGUUGCUGGGGUUUUUGGGAGAAAUGGCUGCGAUGUCGAUGACAGUAUUAUAUGCGAAGCUCCCUUUUCAGCGAAAUCACUCGCUUCUUAACUAUCGAGUUACAGUUGCAAGUAAUGUGAAAAGCAGCAUUAGACUAAGUGGAAUUAAGAACAAUGUGUUCCUCCAAGAUGAAUCAGAAGUUUCACUUAGAAGUUUAUUAGUUUCUCCUGGAAGAAGCUUAAGUCACUUUCCCUGGCCCAUAUCUGCAGUUGGCUCAGGUUUAGAAGCAUCGAUCACAGAUCAAAACAAGAAUGACAUAUCACUGGACAAUGUUAAGAUAGUCGUCGAGUCACGUGAUGAUGAUAAGAUUGAGGUGAGAGUUGACUUAACUGGAGAACAAACCCAAAGGGCAUUUGAUGAUGUAUUGACUAACCUGGCUCGCACAGCACCACCUAUGCCUGGAUUUCGUCGGAAGAAAGGAGGAAAAACAUCCAAUGUUCCCAAAAGCUUUCUUUUACAAAUGCUGGGGAAAGAUCGCGUUACAAAAUUCCUUAUCCAAGAAGUUGUCAGCGCAACCAUUGGAGACUUUGUGAAGAAGGAAAACCUGACUGUUAAAAGUCAGUUCCAGACUACCCAAACUUCUGAAGAGCUUGAAUCAGCAUUUGCUCCUGGAUCUGAAUUCGGGUUUAAUGCUACUAUGGAGAUUGUAAAAUCUGAGUCUGACACAAAUAUAACAGAUUCCUCUGAUUCAGACUCCAAUUCUUCUUGAGCACUCAUCUGAAGAUUCACAGUUUUGUAUCUUCUGAGUCAUCAGUGUCUGUCAGGCACUAUUGCAUCUUUGCUCGUGUCGAUGUAAGUUUUGAGGCAAGGUGAUAUUUUUCAAGUAUACUAAUUUUACUUUGGUGAAAAUAUUGGAAGCAAUACGUGCAAAAAAUGUCAAAAAAUGUGUAAAUGACAUGUUAUCAUGGGCGAAUGGAUAUCCGUUAAGAGAUAGGAUAUGGAAUGAGCAUAUUCAUUAGAAAUUA